AUGGCGGAUGAGCCCUUGCCCUCCCAUCGUUUCAGGUUCCGUCCACUUUCCUUCAUAUUCCGCUUUAUCCAAAUGCUGUAUCUAUAUGCUCGACCGAUCGAUUUUGGUCUGAAGAUGACUGUAGAUCAAUUGUACUUGACGAAUUGCAGAUUGAUGGCUUCAAUAGCUGUAUUUGAGAUGCUGGAUCUUCUGCUGAAUUACAUCUGUUUUUCUUCGUCUGUUUGUUUUCGAUUUCCAGUGGUAGAUCGUAUGCUCUGGCACAAUAAAAUUGAGAAUUUAAGUAGUUUUGUGAUUCCAACUUUGGGGGGAAGAGGGAGGCUAAGGCAGAAGAGUCGUCUGCAAUUGGCCAAACAUCAUAGAACUCAUUCAAAUUGGGAUAUCAAAUGGGCGUCAGCAUACCUUUUUGUUUUGUUCAGUCCUCGCAUCAUUGUUCUGACACUGUCAUGUUAUCCAGAAUCGAAACACAUGUAUGGAGGGAGUGUACGACUAUUUACACAAGCAUGGGUGUUUUUUAAGCUUCCAAAUUUUCUGAAAGUAGCCAUUGACGUUCAUGGAGAUCAUGAAGAAAUUGGUGUGAAGCUAGAUAGGCUGCAACAAAUUGAGGCGACUGAAGUUGCUGUAUUUCUUUGGAGUUUCCCCUGGUGCAUUGAGAAUCAAAAAAGUUUCUCGGGUGUGCCGUCGUCACCAGUAUCUGCUUCUCCAUGUUCGUCUAUCGGCCUUCAUAUGGAAAUUGUUGAGUUCUUUUGCGGCGCUACGUUUGCGAUUCUA